CUGCUACGCCUACAAAAAAGCAAAGCUCUCCUUUCUUCAGUUACCAUUCUCCAAAUAAACAAUUAAAAAAAAAAAAGCUAACAAGAAGAAGCCUUCAUCUUCUUUCAACCGAUUGGAAGGGAUUCUAUUUCUUAGUUGUUUUAUCAACGAAAUCAAGAAGAACCCAAAUCACAAUUCCCAAUAAUCUUGAUUUUUUUUCCGGAAAAGUUUGAAUUUUUCCGUUAAUUUGCGAUUUUUUUAUCUGGGUCGAUGGCAGAAAUGGAAGACAGCAAGGCGAAAUCAUCAUCUGGGUCGUUGUUCUUCAAUCGUUCGUUCACGAUGAACUCUACGGCGGCAGCUGAGUCGAAUUCCCCCAAAUUCCAUCUCCUUCUCAACAGCCCGUCGUCUCUCAAUCGAGCAGCUUCCAUUUCGAGGUUUUACAAUUCCUUCGAUUCCGUCAAAGGUAAAGUUAAAAAGCUUUGCAAUUUGUUCGAAUCCGCUAAGUCUUCGUCUUCACCAUCGAACUUAGCCAGUCCUAAAGAAACUUCUCCCAAAGUUGUUUUGAGACCCUCGAAAUCGAUUGCGUAUUCGUCUUCGUUUUCUUUGAGCUUUAAUAACUCUUCGAUAAGGUUACCGGGAACUGAAGAUCGAAUUGUUGUUUAUUUAACUAGUUUGCGAGGGAUUCGAAGGACUUACGAGGAUUGUUAUGCUGUUAAGAUGAUAUUUAGAGGGUUUAGAGUUUGGGUCGAUGAGAGAGAUAUCUCCAUGGAUGCAGCUUACAAGAAAGAGUUGCAAAGCGUUUUGAAAGAGAAGACAGUGAGUUUGCCUCAGGUUUUUAUAAAGGGCAAGUACGUUGGUGGUGCUGAUGUGAUUAAAAGCAUGUUUGAAGUUGGGGAAUUGGCUAAGAUUCUUGAUGGGUUCCCAAGGAGACAACCUGGGUUUGUUUGUCAAGGUUGUGGGGAUGUCAGGUUUGUGCCUUGUUGGAACUGUAGUGGGAGUCGAAAAGUGUUUGACGAAGAUGAAGAGUUGCCUAAAAAAUGCUUGGAAUGCAAUGAGAAUGGCUUGAUUCGUUGCCCAGAUUGCUGCUCUUAAAGCUUUGGUACUUGCAUGGUGCUAAGGUAUAUUUAGAAGUUUUCGUUUUCGUUAACGAAUGUAGGUGUUAACGAAUGUAGAUGUUGUGUUUAAUGGUCUUGUGUGUCGGUAUGAGCCCUUUCAGUAGCAGAUUUAGAAGCUUGUUAAUGUAGAUGUCGUGUUUAAUGGUCUAUUGUGUUUGGCAUGAAACGUUUUGUUAGCAGAGAGCUGAUGAUCGUUCGUUUGUCAUGUUCAACUGGAUGUUGACAAAUAAUAUUGUAAUGUAAAAUCAAAAUGCCAUAUUUGGUUCUGGCAUUUUGAUUAUGGAGGAGAUCCGAAAUUUCUCUCUCCCAUAUGGUAUUGUAAAUAUUUAGUGCUAUCUUAAUGUAAUGGACUCACAUAUUUUUGUGAUAGAUUAUAAUGAGAAUAGAAUAUUAUUUAUGCUUUA